AUGGCCAACUUAACUUCUGGCCCGUACUCGGGGCACGCGCCGGUCUGCCGACAGACGUCACUGCGCGGCAGCCAGUUAGCGUCUGAGUCGUUCUGGAAGGGAGCGGGUAACCGCAACAGCGACGGUGAAUGGGGCGCCCUGCACAGUGGCGGUCACGUGACGCCUCCUGUCUGUGAUGUAAGGGAAGUCCAGUGGCAGCUGAAAAGCGCCGGCCGUGAAUGUGCGGCGCCCACGGCGGCCGCGAACCGCGAGAGAUACGGUAGCACGGGGCUGGACACGCAGCUGAUGUGGGUGCUCCAGCGUCUUGUACAGCAGCUGCUGUACACUAUCUGGUCAAAAACGGCGCUGAGCCACAUCGCGGCCCACGGCUCGCUGCCCAUGCUGGAGGCGCUGCUGCAGCACCCCGAGGUUGACGUCAACAAGGCCGACAACGAGGGCAACACGCCGCUCCACUACGCCGCGCAGGCCGGCCACGUGGAGGUGCUCAACUACCUGCUGAGCCGGAGGCCCGACGUCGAGGUGGACGCCCGCAACGCGCUCGGCUUCACGCCGCUCAUGAAGGCCGCGCUGCAGGGCCGCACCAAGUGCGCCAAGCUGCUGCUCUUCGCAGGCGCGUCGCCGACGCUGCGCGACUCUGGGCGGGGCCUGCGCGCAGAGCAGUGGGCGCGCUUCUGCGGGCGCUACGUGUGCGCCGAGGUGAUCGAGAAGUUCGCGCGCCACCGCCUGCUGGAGCGCACCACGGCGUACGGCCGGUGGGGCAGCGAGCCGGAGCUGGGCGCCCGCCUGCUGCUGGGCGCGCGAGCCUCCGCCCCCGAGCCGCGCGCCUCGCCGCCGCCCUCGCACGGCCACGGCCUCAAGUCGCGCCUCCGCAAGGCCUUCCGCACCAACAGUAGCUCCGGCUCAUCCUCGUCACCGCCACCAGCAGUGUCUCGCUACUCACUGGUGACGCAGCUGACGACUGCUGCACUGUGUGCCAGCUCCCCAGUGCUGCCUGCUGCACCACAUGUGCCACCAGUUGUCAAGUCGCUUAUCCGGCCACUCACCGUGCCCAAGGUGCAGGUGACACUGGCAGGAUCCGACAAUGCCCAGGAAGCAGAGACUGAAGAAAAUGUGAUGCAGCAACCACCACAGCAGCAGCAUACAACUCAACAAAAGCCACCAACAGCAAAGUCAGCCCAAGGAACUGCAAGGCACAAAAAGAAGAAAUAACAUUUACUCAUUGGUCCAUUGCCAUACACACUGGCUCCAGUGUAUAAAUUGGCGUUCAUCAACAAAGGCUGAAAGUGUGUUUACAAGAACUUGUGGUGUUUCCUUCUUUUGGAGCUGUGGAUGCACAGGUGCUAAAUUGUUUCUGAAAAUCCAGUGAAAUUGCUGGGGCAGAAACAGCUGGAUUAGGAGGAGAACAUCAUAAAUAACUGAACAGCACUGCUGUGUCUGUGGAGCAUCAGAAAUUGCACAGAUGGCACUGAACUCUUCAGUUUAAAAAUCAUCAAGCUAUAACCUUUAUACAGUGCCUACAAGCUCACAGGUCCAAAAAUUUUGAUUCCAUUAAGAACAAAGAUUAUUAUAUUGAUAAGUUCAGAUUCUUUGUAGAACUUUAAGCUAUACAGUUGGAAAAUGAAAAAUUGGUGAAAGCAGUUACUAUACAACAAAUGAGCAGAAAAAUAAAUGCAAGAAAAAUUUAUAUUCAUUGUAUUUAAGUGGAAAAUAAAUUCAUUCUCUCUCUCUCUCUCUCUCUCUCUCUCUCUCUCUCUCUCUCUCUCUCUCUCACUCUCUCUCUCACUCACACUCACACUCACAUUCACACACACACACACACACACACACACACACACACACACACACACACACACACACACGUGUUCUCCAAUAUCAGCUUUGAUCCUGCAAAAAGGCUAUUUUGUACAUCUACAAAACUGUUCUAAUUGCCAAUAAUUCUCCUUUAAUGCUAAAAUUUUAAU